GCCCGCAGGUCUUCCUCGAGCCCCGGCUGUCUGCCCGACUUGCUCUCGUCCUCCAUCUCUGCCUCAUGCUCGCCAAAGCCGCGCGAUCUGCGCUCCGCAAGCAUGCAAGACGGCCCGCUCAGCUCCGGCUUCACGCGAAGAGGGAGGCACCCCAUCUAUUCUGUCGAGCCGCCACCGCCACUGCUACAGUCCCAUUACCAGCUUCACGCGAUGACUCGGACAUCAUAGUCCUAUUCGACCAGCCCAACAUCGCUCAGUGGGCGGCCUCCUCAUCUUCCACUGGUCUGUUUGGGCACCCGGUGUUGACCAGUCCUUCGGCCUUCAAUGCUUUGGCCGACUCUACUCUUCGGCGUGCUCAGGUUCUCACCGAGCGUGUCCUCAGAGCACGCGACUCCCGGGAGGAACUCUUCAAGGUCGUCAAGAACCUUGACAGGUUGAGCGACCUGCUCUGUGGUGUCAUUGACCUCGCGGAGCUCAUCCGCAACGCACAUCCCGACAAAGCUUGGGUACGAAGUGCCGAUGCAGUUUACGAACAGUUAUGCGAAUUCAUGAACGUCUUGAAUACUCAUGUGGGGUUGUAUGAGGUUUUGCAUGCGGUUUUCUCCGAUCCGGAGGUCGCAAAGUCGCUCAGUCCGGAGGCGCACCAGACCGCACUCAUCUUCUGGAGAGACUUUGAGAAGUCGGGAAUCGACCUCCCCCCACAUCAGCGCGAGCGGUUCGUAUCCCUAUCGACGGAGAUCAUGCUAUUGGGCCGACAGUUCCUCAACGAAACGGCGACUGCGAAAGCUCCGGCCGCGAUCAAGCCCGAAGAGCUCCAGGGUCUGAAGGAUAUGGGCAUGGGUGCACGGUUACGAUUGCAGGCACAAGUGACGAAACGCGAUCUUCUUGUCUACCCGGGGUCGCUGCAAGCCCAGAUGAUCAUGCGCGCUGCACCGUCGGAGGAGCCUCGGCGGAAGGUGUACAUGGCAGCCAAUUCCAGCUCCCCGGAGCAGAUAGAGGUUUUGGAGAAACUUCUACGAGCGCGCGGGGAGUUGGCUCGCCUAGUUGGGAAGAGCAGCUUCGCGCAUAUGACGUUGGGUGAUAAGAUGGCGAAGUCGCCAGAGAACGUGCAGCGAUUCCUAGAUGCGCUCUUGGACCAUACUCGACCUUAUGCUAGAGGCGCGCUGCGCACGCUCAGUAUGCGCAAGCAAGCGCACCUACAUACACCCCCAUUCCCUACCAUUCAAGCCUGGGACAGGGAUUUCUACUGUCCGCCAGAACCUCCCGCACCUCCCGUCGCUCUCCCUCCACUCACGCUCGGCACCGUCUUCAUGGCUCUCUCGAGGCUAUUCCAGAACCUCUACGGGAUAUCUCUGCGACUAGCGGAGGUCACUCCAGGAGAAGUCUGGCAUAGCGACGUGCGGAAGCUGGAGGUCGUGGACGAAGACACUGGCGUGCUCGGAUGGAUCUACGCAGACCUCUUCGCGCGGAGAGGGAAGCCCAGUGGCGCAGCGCACUACACUGUGCGAUGUUCGCGCCGUGUAGACGACGACGACGUUGAAGGUGACCUCGUCCACGCUGACGAGUAUGACAAGGCUGCCAUGCAGAUGUCGCGCGUCUUCGAGGCCGCUCACCGUCGACAGUUCCCUGGACAGGAGGGUACGUUCCAGUUGCCAGUUGUCGUCUUGCUCUGCGAGUUCGCGAGACCAACCGCCGGACGCGGGCCUACCGUGCUGGAGUGGCACGAAGUCAUGACCCUCUUCCACGAGAUGGGUCAUGCGAUGCAUUCUAUGAUCGGCCGCACCGAGUACCAGAACGUGUCCGGGACCCGCUGCGCCACCGACUUCGUCGAGCUCCCGUCCAUCCUCAUGGAACACUUCCUCAACUCUCCCGCUGUCCUCUCCCUCUUCGACCCGACCGGCUCCCUCGACAUCCGCCAGGCCGGCAACCACCACGAAGAUCCCUGUCGCUCUAUCGAUACCCACACGCAGAUCCUACUCGCGUCGCUCGACCAAAUGUAUCACUCACCUGCUGUGCUGGACUCGCAUUUCGACUCAACGACUGCGCUGGCGAAGCUAUAUGAGACGCGCGGACUCAUUCCCUACGUACCUGGCACAUCAUGGCAAACGCAAUUCGGACAUCUGUUCGGGUACGGCGCUACGUACUAUUCGUACCUCUUCGAUCGUGCCAUAGCGUCGAGAGUGUGGCGGAAGCUAUUCGCUGGUGACCCCUUGAACAGGGAGACGGGGGAGAAAUUCAAACGUGAGGUUUUGCGACAUGGUGGCGGAAAGGACCCAUGGACUAUGGUCAGUACAUUACUCGACGCACCACAACUGCGGAGUGGAGACGCGGAAGCAAUGGCGGAAGUUGGUAGAUGGAAGAUAGAGGAUGAUGUAUCCGUACCUGGGCGGCAUUGAACUGGGAUCACUGGAAGACGACGUGAGUCUCAAUGACUGCGGUUGUCGUCCGGCAGUUCUGAGUAACUUGGUUCAGAAACAUUGUGACCA